GAAUGAAAACACACGCACACAGAAACGAAAAACAAAAGGAAAGAAACAUUUGAGAUCAGAACCCAUGAAGUUUUCAUGUUUCUCAUUUUGUGCUCUCUCUCUCUCUUAACUUUUUUUUUUUUUUCCUUUUCAUUAACAGCCCAUUUAACGGGGAAACAGCAGAUUCCCAAUCAUCCCCUCCACUCAAUAGGAAACACCCAUAAUUGCACCCAGCAAUGCUUUUUCACUAUGGAAAUCUGAGCUCUUGAGCUACCCACUUUUUUAAUUUCUUCUUCCUUUCCUCCAACUUCUAAUAUAUAUAUAUAUACUCCAGUCUCCAUCAUCUUUUUCACCCCCACCACCCCAUCAUCCCUUUUUUUUUCUUGCCUUCUAUGAUGGAUCCCUCAUGCAGCACCUCUUCUGUCAAUGGCUUCUACAACUUUCUCAACCAAGGACUCGAUGAUCUUGAUCGAUCCCUACUCUCUCAUGACUUCAUGUCAACCCAAUUCCUUCAACAGGUGCUUUCCUCCCUAAGAUCCUUUCACUUCCAGUUAACCGUUUUGGUUCAAAAACUUCACUUGCCAAUAGGUGAAAAAUGGCUCGACGAGUACAUGGACGAAAGCUCAAGGCUCUGGGAAGCCUGCAAAGUUCUUAAAUCCGGUGCCUCCGGGAUGGAAAAUUACUAUAGGACCUGUGCCAAUAUAGAAACCUCCUUGGAUGGUAAUCGCCAUUUAAGCCCACAACUCAGUCGUCAGGUGAUUCGGCUGAUAACUGGUUGCCAGAGAGAAAUUGGGGCAUUGGGAGAGAAUAACAAGAUCUUAAUGCAAAAUAGAAUUCAACCUCUAUCAUUAUGUUCCAAUGAGAACAUCUCGACAAUAUCAAAGUCCAACGGGUUCAAUGGUUUUCGAGGUGUUCUUAAUGCAAUGAAGAACAUUAGCUCAUUGCUUUUGAUGAUCUUGCUUUGCGGACUUGUAUAUUGUUGGCCUGCAUCGAUCUUUUGCCAAGAAGGGUACGAGGUGAAUGCGGCAUAUGGCUCUGGUUUGAUGGUUUUAAUUACCAGACUGCGGCAAAGAGUUGCAAAUGAGAUAGAACAGAUUGAAGGGCAGCCGGGAAUUUUGCUUUACGAGUUUCGGGAAGCGAAGACCACCAUGGAGGAGCUGAAAAUUGAAAUGGAGACAUUCUUGAAGUAUGGAGAGGAGGGUGAUAUCCAUGACAGGGUUGAGAGGUUGAAGAGUUACUUUGGGUCGUUGAGAUGUGGGGUGGAGGCUAUAAUUGGACAGCUUGAUGAUUUUUUCGAUGAAAUAGUUGAAUGUAGGAAGAAGCUUUUGGACAUGUGCACUCGUAGGUAGAAAGAAAGUGCAAGCUCUAGAACAAAGGUUCAAACAACAAGAGGAAAAAAAUAAAUAAAAAUGAGAGAGAGAGAGAGAGAGAGAGAGAGAGAUCAGUUGCUAAACUGGCGCUACUCUUUCCCUCUCUCUCUCUGUCUCUCUCCCUAUGUUAGUUGCGCUUUUCUUUUCUUUUCUUUUUUUUUUUUUUUUUUUUUUUUUUCGGUUUCCUUUUCUCUUGUCUAUCUUGAAGACACUUUGUUUUGAAGCCACAAACAGUGUUGAAGCUUUAGGAGAGCUUUUUCAGAGAAAACCCAAAAAGGAAAAUCCUGAAGGAAAGAGGAUGUGAUUCUUGCUUAGAAGAAAAGCAACAUUACCAUCCAAACAUAAGAAACAGGAAGAAUAUAUUAACAGGUAGCUGGUAGCUUGAAUGAAAAGCAAGAUUUUCCUACCAAAGGUCAGAUUCUUCUCUAAGUUCUCUUAUAGAAAGGAUCGAGAUAGCAUAAAUGAGGUGAGGAAAAAAAAAAAAUCCCCUCAAUGAUGCCUCUUGUUUGUCCCAGAGGACCAGGAAUCACAGAUAAUGAAGUUCUUAAACAUAUAUGAGGUUCAUGAGAUUUCUGUGAAACAGCUUGAGAGUUAAUAAAUCAGUUUAAUUUUA